CUGAUUCUCACUCUUAUCUGACACACAGGACGACAAAAGGACAUGCAAUCCACAGAAGAGGACGAUGACAAAACUGUGUCUCGUAAUCUCUCUUUUAUUUAGAGCAGUGUUGUCCAUUGGUAUCAUUACUCAGUCUGAUCUUUUGAAGACCUUCAUCCCUGGAGACACUGUUGAUUUGAAAUGCUUCAUCUCUGGGACUGGCGGAGACUACUACAACUGGUUCAAACUAACAGUAGGACAAGCUCCAGUGAUGAUAGUAUCUCUUUACCUUGACUCAAAAGAUCCAACGCUCUAUGGGGAGUUUGACAACAACCCUCGGUUUUCUGCAGAGAAGAACGGAGACAGUUUUGUGCUGACCAUUUCAAAUGCCAAGACAUCGGAUGUGGGGAUGUAUUACUGUGCUGCACGUGAUUAUGAUGGCAUGAUCUUUGGAAAUGGUAUAUUUCUGAUGCAUAAAGGUGCAGGGUCCAGGAACCAGCAUCUUACUCAGCAGUCUGUGUCUGAGUCAGUCCAGCCAGGAGACUCUGUGACUCUGAACUGUACAAUACACACUGAGACCUGUGCAGGAGAACACAGUGUCUAUUGGUUCAGACAUGGCUCAGGAGAAUCUCGUCCAGGAAUCAUUUACACCCAUGGAGACAGGAGUGAUCAGUGUGAGAAGAGCCCUGAGGCUGGGUCUCCUACACAGAGCUGUGUCUACAACCUCCCCAAGAGGAACCUCAGCCUCUCUGAUGCUGGGACUUACUACUGUGCUGUGGCCUUAUGUGGGGAGAUACUGUUCGGAAAUGGGACCAAGCUGGAGAUUAGUAACAAUUACGGAGACCCUCUUCUCUUGGUGUACUGCCUGAGCUCAGCAUUGGGUUUCUCGUUUAUCCUGAUACUUUUCCUUGGUUACAUCAUGUACACGAUGAACUUGAGAAAGUGUCUGCAUUGCAGAGGACCCGCCUCUCAGACAAGAAGUCCAGCAGUCUCUAAUUCAGAUACAGGGGCCCAAGAUGCAGACGGUCUUCAUUAUGUAGCUCUGAAUCUGAGCAACAAGAACAACAGGUUUAGAAGACAGAGAAGCAACAUGGAGGAAGAGACGGUGGUCAUGUACUCUGGAAUCAGACAGUAGAACUGGAUGAAUUAAAUUAAUACCAGAUAGCUCUUAACUAGCUCUAACAUUAUUAGCUUUAUAUGAAUGCUUCAGUAAAAUGUGUUGAAAUCAGUGGUCAUAGUUUUUCAAAUGUUAUAUAAAGUGCAAAUAGAAAAAUAAAGCAUUUCCAUCUGUUAAACCAAA